AUGGUAUAUGAUCCACAUAGUGUUGAAACUUUCAAAGAAAAGACAGCGGAGAAAACGCAAGAAAUUGUGGUGACUUUUAGUGAUUGGCAAUUUUUUAUGAGAGAAUCUAUGAAUACUAAAGCGAUGCAUGUUCUGGUUAAGUACGAUGGUGAUAAACAAAUAUCACUUUUAAUACCUCUAAGUUCUAUAUUUGGAUUCUGUAAAGAUGUCGAUACAGUAUUUAGAGGUGUUAAACAUACUUUACAACUCGAUAGGGCUGCCACAGCUAACUACAUUUUAAAAGAUAGUAAUAUUGAUGACGGAAAAUUUAAAAUAUCACAUGUUUCAAUGUGGAUGCCUAAAGUAACUCCAUCAUUAGAAGUAGCUAGCCAGUUAGAGGCCAAACUUAUGGAUUCUGUUCAAUUAAUAGACUAUGACAGAAUUAAAGAAAGCUUUUUUGUUUUUCAAAAUAUGAACUAUUUAGGCACUGACGACACAGACCAUAUGGUAAAAAUCGUAAAUGAAGCAAUACAUGGAUACGCGAAGUAUUGGAUAGAUCUGUAUGUAAGAUGUCUUAAACACAACGAUAAUGUGUAUGUUUCCUUGAUGAAUAGUGAAGUUAUGAGAAAGCUAGAAACUGCUUUCCCGGAGAUAAACACAGAUGAUAUCCCUAAAAUACCCAGAAUAUCAUUUCUCAAUGUGCCUAUUAAAAAGACUAAACGAAAAAGAACUAGCAGUGGAAGUCAGGAAUCAGAAAUUAUUAAGGAGUUACAUGAGAAGUGGCAACCAGCAACUCAUGGUUUAAUCAGGACUCUGUCUGAUCUAAGUGUGCAACCGAAAACAUUAGAUGAUUGCAAAACGAGAAUAGAUGAAUGUGAACAAAGGAUGCAAACAAAUGAUAGUUCACACUCUGCAGUUAUUUUUAAGAUGGAUGAUGAAACAGCACUUCAAGUACUUUUUAAAAAAGAGAAUGAUGACGAACAAAUGGAGAUGGAUUCUGUUCAAUCAAUAGACUAUGACAGAAUUAAAGAAAGCUUUUUUGUUUUUCAAAAUAUGAACUAUUUAGGCACUGACGACACAGACCAUAUGGUAAAAAUCGUAAAUGAAGCAAUACAUGGAUACGCGAAGUAUUGGAUAGAUCUGUAUGUAAGAUGUCUUAAACACAACAAUAAUGUGUAUGUUUCCUUGAUGAAUAAUGAUAGUGAAGUUAUGAGAAAGCUAGAAACUGCUUUCCCGGAGAUAAACACAGAUGAUAUCCCUAAAAUACCAGAAUAUCAUUUCUUAAUGUGCCUAUUGAAAAGACUAAACGAAAAAGAACUAGCAGUGGAAGUCAGGAAUCAGAAAUUAUUAAGGAGUUACAUGAGAAGUGGCAACCAGCAACUCAUGGUUUAA